GCACUUAAGCACUGAAGUUGUAAGACAAGUUAAUACAAGAGUAAGGAGUUAGGGUGGUGAAGACUGAUUGAAAUGGAUUCUUGGGUUAGAAUGUUAUUUAUCAUUGCUUGCAUUGUUCCAGCUUUGGUCGAGUGCAAAGUGAGGCACUAUAAAUUCCAUGUGGUGCUGAAGAAUACGACUAGGUUAUGUUCAACCAAACCCAUUGUCACCGUUAAUGGUAAGUUCCCAGGACCCACUCUUUACGCAAGGGAAGAUGAUACAGUGCUGGUCAAAGUCAGAAACCGUAUAAAUCACAACGUCACCAUCCACUGGCAUGGUGUGAGGCAACUGAGAACUGGUUGGGCUGAUGGGCCAGCAUACAUCACUCAGUGUCCAAUCCUGCCAGGAAAUUCUUAUGUGUACAACUUCACCAUUACAGGGCAAAGAGGAACACUUCUUUGGCAUGCUCAUAUUAACUGGCUAAGGUCAACUCUCCAUGGUGCCAUAGUUAUCUUGCCAAAGCGUGGUAUUCCAUACCCUUUCCCAAAACCAGAUAAAGAAUCGGUUGUGAUAUUAGGAGAAUGGUGGAAAUCUGAUACUGAAGAUGUUAUCAAUGAAGCUCUCAAUUCAGGAGUGGCACCAAAUGUCUCAGAUGCUCACACCAUUAAUGGUCUUCCAGGGACAGUGUCCGUGGCUAAUUGUUCUACACAAGAUGUGUACAAGCUUCCUGUGGAAAGUGGCAAAACCUAUCUGUUGAGAAUUAUCAAUGCUGCACUCAAUGAGGAACUCUUCUUCAAAAUUGCUGGCCAUACCUUCACUGUAGUUGAAGUUGAUGCCACAUAUGUAAAACCAUUCAAGACUGACACAAUUCUAAUAGCCCCUGGCCAAACAACCAAUGCCCUUUUAACUGCUAACCAAAAGCCUGGUAAAUACAUAAUAGUAGCAUCUACUUUCAUGGAUACUCCAGUGGUAGCUGUGGACAACAUCACUGCUACAGCCACAUUGUCCUACAAUGACACUCUUGCCACCACCCCAACAAUUCUCACUAUCCCUCCUCCAAGAAAUGCCACCCAAGUUGCUAAUAACUUCACUAUGUCCCUUAGGAGCCUUAAUUCUCAAAAGUACCCAGCAAAUGUCCCAUUAACAAUUGAUCAUUCACUUUUUUUCACUGUUGGGUUGGGAAUUAACCCUUGUCCAUCUUGCAAAGCUGGAAAUGGAAGCAGAGUGGUGGCUGCUAUCAACAAUGUGUCAUUUGUUAUGCCAACUACUGCAUUGCUUCAGGCACAUUACUUUAACAUCAAAGGGGUGUUCAGCACUGAUUUCCCUGCUAACCCUUCUCAAGUUUACAACUACACAGGGACUCCACCAAUAGCAAGUUCACAGACCACAAAUGGCACCAAGGCUUAUAGGGUAGCAUUCAACUCCACGGUUCAGAUUGUUUUGCAGGAUACUGGGGUCAUUGCUCCUGAGAGCCACCCAGUUCAUCUUCAUGGCUUCAAUUUCUUUGUUGUUGGCACAGGAGUAGGAAAUUAUGAUCCCAAUAAGGAUCCAAAUAACUUUAAUCUUGUGGAUCCUUUUGAGAGGAACACCAUUGGAGUGCCAACUGGAGGGUGGACUGCUUUCAGAUUUAGAGUAGAUAAUCCAGGAGUGUGGUUCUUGCACUGCCAUUUCGAGGUGCACACAACAUGGGGACUAAAGAUGGCCUUUUUGGUGGACAAUGGUAAAGGUCCUGAAGAAUCAUUGGUACCCCCACCAAAAGAUCUUCCAAAAUGUUGACACUUUCAGCCAUCAAUUAAAUUAUGAACAAACAAGGGAAGGCCUUCCAAUUUAAAAAGAAGCUUUGGAAGGAUACAGAGAAGCCAGGCAGAAGAAGAGAAUGAAAACGAGGAUGGUUUUUAAAUAAGAGGGUUGUUCCCAUUGCUGUUUUUGGAGCAAAUGAGAGGAUUCUUCAUUCACGUUCUGUAAAUUAGAGCCAUGCAUUUCGGUUUUCUUUGCAGAUACACUUUUUAAUUUGGGUAUUUUUUAUUUUUAUUUUUUUAAGCUAUACUGAUCAUAUAUGUAUAGGAAUCAAUAAGGGCAUGCUUUGGUUAUUUAUUGAAAUCAAAGUUUUAUGUAAUUUACCGCAUUGUAUGGUUGACAUGUCAGAAUUAUUUACCUUAAGGAGAAUGUUAAUAUGUCAAAACU